AUGAUGUCCGAUAACAAAUCAUCUGUUGGAUCAUUUGAUAAUGACUCCUCGGUUGUAACUGUAGAAGAUGCUAUUAAUGCUGAUAUAGUUAAAAAAAAACUCUUAGCAGAACAAAUUGACCAAUGGGAAAGAAAUUCAAUUGAAAUAAUCCAAGAAAAAGCAAAAGAUUGUAGAGAAAUUGUUAUUAAAUCAUCACAACCAUAUAUUAAUGAUAUUAAAAAGAAAUUUAAUAAUUUAAAUGAACAAAUAAAACAAUUUCAUAGUGAAAAUGACUUUAAUGAAAUUAAUUUAAUUUAUUUAAGAAAUCGAUUAAUAAAAAUUACACAAGCAUUAAAUAAUUCAUUAAAUAUUUAUAUUCAAGAAGAUUCAAAAUCAUUUAUUAACGAAAUUGCAAUUAUUUCAGAAAAAAAACCAAAAUUUAACAAAUGGAAACAAGAUGCCAUCACUGUGGCUGGUGGAAAUUUAGCAGGACAAAAAUUAAAUCAGUUCAAUUGCCCUGCGGGAAUCUUCAUUGAUAAAAAGAAAAAUAUUUUCAUUGUUGAUUGUGCAAAUCAUCGUGUUGUUGAAUGGAAAUAUAAUACAACGGAAGUACAAAUCAUUGCAGGUGGAAACGGUAAAGGAAAUCGAAUGAAUCAAUUGAAUUAUCCUCAAGGAAUAAUUGUUGAUCGUUUGGGUCAAAUCUAUGUGGCUGAUUCUGGGAAUAGUCGAAUAAUGCGUUGGUGUGAAGGGAAAGAAGAAGGUGAAGUUAUUGUUGGUGGAAAUCAAAGACAUCAAUUGCAUGGUUGCCAUGAUUUAUCUUUUGAGGAUGAAGGAAAUCUUUAUGUUGUUGAUUUACUUAACUAUCGAAUUGUAAAGUUUGAAAUAAUUUAG